AUGAUUGCUAAUAAUGGUAUGUCUUUCACAAGUGCUUUCUUCUUCACCUGUACAGAAGCAAAUAACUCAGACUUUGAAAAAUACAUACGGAUGGACCAUAAGCAUCAGACUUUAUGUUCUACUACACAAGGUUGCGAGGGCCAAACCAGCAUAUGCUGCGCUGAAGGUGCAAUCAGCUUAUCUGCACACAUACGAGAAACAUUGCCUUUUGGAACUGCUGAUUUGGAAAAAUUUAUAGAUUGUCAUUUUCAACUCCAUAUUUCAAAUGUGAUGCCAGAAAUCUGUCAAGAUAUUGAAAAGGGAACAGAAAAUUUGAAAGAAUUUUACGAAGAAUAA